UGUUUGCUAACUGCCACCAUAGCAGAAGAAGAAGGGGGACCAAGAGGAAAAAAAGAAAGGAAAAAACAGAAAAAGCCCUGUCCUCUCCGCACGAGAGGCCAGCGAUGGCACUGCUUUACGGGUUAAUAUGGCGGCUUCUUUUAGCUGUAGUCCGCAUCAAAAGAGCGACAAUUUCAUGGCUCCGAGUCUGCCUUCGAACAUGGCGAGGCGGCUUCUGGCAGCGGACAGUGGCUGCGCUGCUCCUGCCGGUUCCUGUGUCUGAGUUCCCGGACCACCAGAAGAAGGCCAGUCCUGACCAGAAUUCUGAUAGUGACGAUGUUCGUAGGGGCACUGGAAGCUGUCAGUCUCGUUGGAUAUCUGACGGGAAUUCUCUGGAGAAAAUACCGGUUCACAUCGGCUUUGUAGUGGUGGAGGAAGAGCUCAGCUACAAGGACGUCGCCAACAUGGUGGUGUGGUGUAUGGCUGUCGGUGUUUCCUACGUCAGCGUCUACGAUCAUCACGGCAUUUUCCAGAAGAACACCUCCUGUCUUCAGGAAGAGAUAGUGAGGCAACAACAAAGCUUGUUGGGUGGAGAUGACUCUAGAUACAAUAUGGAGUUAUUGAAAAACAGCACAGACGAGCCACAGCACUUUGUUGUGUCAUGUAGACCCAUGGUGAAGGUGCUGUCUCCAGAAGAUGGAAAGCAUAGUAUAGUCCUGGCAGCAAGAAAGCUUUGUCACUCUGUGGAGAAGAAGGAGUGGACCUCCAAAGACAUAAGUGUGUCCAUGUUGGACAUACUUCUUAGAGAGUCCAAAAAUAUCCCGGACCCUGAGUUGGUGGUGAAGUUUGGUCCCGUGAACAGCACGUUGGGCUUCCUCCCUUGGCACAUCAGACUCACAGAAUUCAUUUCGCUUCCCUCCCACAAAAAUGUUUCGUAUGAGGACCUGUUUGGCGCCCUGCAGCAGUAUAGUUCCUGUCAGCAGCGGCUUGGACAAUGAUAUGCAAACUGUUCUGCUCUUCAGAGAGAAAUGGGCGUGAAGUUUAACCUUUUUUAUUCUGGAUUAAUGGUGAAAUCCUUGCUGCUUGUGAUGUUCUUCACUACGACGCCCUCCUAUCUUUUUCUUCUGGACUAAAACAUUUAGGACGGUUAAAGAUGUGGAAACAAGGACUUAUGGCCAGCUAGUCUUCUACAAUUAGCUCAUGUUUUUGAUAGCGACGUUACAGCAUUUAUGAAACAUAACACUGCAAAUCAGUGGGAGAUGAGAUGGCCCGACAGAUGAACUUAAGUCUAGGAGGACUGUCUGUAAUAACCUUGUUUUGAAAAAUGUGCUUUAUCUCCCCAACCUUUCUGUGUGUUCUUUGUCUAUCAGUUUGAGAAAUUGAAUUUCCUUUAAAAUAACAGAACCAUUGCAUCAGUCUUCAGUUGGCAUUCUCUAAACAACUACAGCUACAAUUUUGGAUGAGUUUUCACUGUAUUUAGCCUGGAAGAGGGUUUGGUGCCCCCCCCCCCCCCCCC